CUUGUAGCCCCUACUACUUUCGAUAAAAGAUCAAUUUACCCCCCAAAUUUAGGUAUCGUCAAACUUUGGUUAAUUUUGCGGUAUUGGAUCGUAGAGGCGCUACGUUGGCCCAUGUUCUUGGUCAAACCGCCAUUGCAAUUCACAGGGGGUGUCUUCCCGUACAACACCCACCGGAAAACACACCAUCAAUUGAAUAAAAAUGGCCUCUUUUCUUCUUCUUCGCCGGUCAACCGUUUCUCAUACCUUUUUCUCCAAUGCUAAUUUUGCAGCAUCAAUUUGUAUAUACACUACCUCAAGGCAGUUUAGCAGUUCCACCGGUACAGUGAAGAUUGAUUUUACGGACCUCACUCGUCCUCAUACAUGGUAUCCAGCCGCCCGACGGAAGAAGCGAAAUGUAUUUCUUCAUGUGGGCCCAACAAACAGUGGGAAGACAUAUAGUGCACUGAAGCGAUUGGAACAAAGUUCAUCGGGUGUCUAUUGUGGUCCGUUGAGACUGUUAGCAUGGGAAGUAGCAAAACGGCUAAAUAAAGCGAACGUUCCUUGUGAUUUAAUUACCGGACAAGAAAAAGAGAUUGUUGACGGUGCAAGGCAUAAAGCCGUCACAGUCGAGAUGGCUGAUGUCAGCCAUGAUUACGACUGUGCAGUUAUUGAUGAAAUUCAGAUGAUAGGUUGCAGGUCUCGUGGAUUUUCAUUUACACGUGCCCUUUUAGGUAUUCCAGCUGACGAGCUUCACCUCUGUGGAGAUGCUGCUGCUGUCCCAUUAAUUCAGGAAAUUUUAAGUGUGACUGGUGAUAAUAUAGAGGUACAAUACUAUGACCGACUUUCGCCGUUAGUACCAUCGAAAAUCCCUCUUAGAUCUUUUUCAGAUAUUAGAACGGGUGAUUGUAUUGUGACUUUUUCACGCCGUAAUAUAUACAAACUAAAGAAACGAAUUGAAGAUGACGGGAGACAUCUGUGUUCUGUGGUUUAUGGUUCAUUGCCUCCAGAGACACGAACAAGGCAGGCAACGAUGUUCAACGAUGAAAGUAGCGAGUUUGACGUUCUUGUAGCAAGUGAUGCUAUUGGCAUGGGCCUCAAUCUCAACAUUUCUAGAAUUAUAUUUUCAGAAAUGGAGAAAUUCGAUGGACUAGAAAUGCGACCACUUUCUGUACCCGAAAUAAAACAAAUCGCUGGUAGAGCUGGCAGGUACGGAUCUAAAUUUCCAGUUGGUGAAGUGACUUGCUUGGAUAAAAAAGAUCUACCCUUAAUUCACUCCUCACUAAAUUGCCCGUCUCCGAUUCUAGAGAGUGCUGGAUUAUUUCCCACCUUCGACCUCCUAUACAUGUACUCUCGUUCACAUGUAAAUGUUGGUCUGUGCCAAAUUCUGGAAGAAUUUGUGGAGAAUGCAAAGUUAUCGGAAAACUAUUUUAUUACUAAUUGUGAAGAAAUGUUGAAAGUUGCUGCAGUACUUGAUGAGUUGCCAAUUUCUCUGCAUGAUAAGUAUCUUUUUUGUCUUAGUCCAGCUGACAUGAAUGAUGAAAUAUUAUCUCAGGGACUCACUCAGUUUGCCUGUCAAUAUGCAAAGAAUCGGAUUGUUCGACUUAAAGAAAUAUUUACUCCAGGCACACUUAAGGUGCCAAAGACCCAAGCUGAACUCAAGGAACUUGAAUCAAUUCAUAAGGUUCUGGAGUUAUACGUGUGGUUAAGUUUCCGGCUUGAUGAUUCCUUCCCUGAUCGAGACCUUGCGGCAUCACAAAAAUCAAUUUGUGGCAUGCUGAUUGAAGAUUUCUUGGAAAGACUAGGGUUUCAGAAACCAAUACCGAUACCGAAGAGAUUAAAACAGAUUCGAUAGUCUCCGAUUACAUUACACCUAUAAUCACUAAUCUCGCGUAAAAAAGACUCACUUUUGUUUCAUUUUAUUACAUCAAAGAGAACAGAUUAUGUUGUGGUUACCGAACACAACCACUUUCGUGUAUUAUGCCGAAGUGUAUAAACUAUAUAUUGUACAUGCUCAUUUACUUAACACACUCCCUGCGGUUUGAGCUGUAGGUUCUUGAAUGCUUAGAUUGGACCGUAACUCGAAAAUAACCCUUGGUGUAUGUAUUUGUUGAGGGAACAUGCAACACAUUAACCUAUUUAAUUUAAUUCAUAACAAAGUGUAAAUCUAUUUUAUCA